AUGACUGUGUUCAUCUGCUCUCUCUUCCUCCCCAAGACUGUUCAUUUCAACCUCCCAGGCCAGCCUCGGCGGACUUCAUCUGGGCUCGAGCGACGAACGACAGCACCGACUACAACGAAAGUGAAGCCGAAAGUCACCAUCGAUCCAACACCGAGUCUCUUCACGCCGCGGCCCGAUAUCACACCUCCCCAGACACCGACGUACGAAGAAGAGCAACCCGAUCCAUUUGCCAACGAGGAUGGCAUCCGCGUACAGUUCCCCAAUGAUCUCGGGUCUCCCUCUGACAAGAUCUCUACGGCUUGGGGCGGCCGUUUCAACCAACCAAAGUCGCGCGCGAACUCGCCGCCUCCAGCUGCCAUUGCCGAACAUGGGCGUACCGUAGAGAAGGCGCGCGAGCUGGGACGUCAAGGCGUGAUUCAACCGAAGCCACUGGUCCGCAGCGAAAGUCACGAUCGUGUCUUUGCAUCGGCCGGAUGGAAAAUUGUCGAUGCUGACCAGGGCAACGGAGGCUUGCGCAAUGCUGCUGAUGCGGCGGCGCGGGAGGGCAAGUUGUCAGAAUACACCUGGGUUGGCACCCUGGGCAUGCCGACCGACGCCCUCGACGGUACGCAGCAGAAGCAGGAUAUCGAGGACACCAUGGCGACCGAGCAUGACAUGCUGACCGUCUUCUGCUCGGACAAGGACUUUGAUGGACACUAUGCGCACUUUUGCAAGCAGAUCUUGUGGCCCGUCUUCCACUACCAGAUCCCCGAUAACCCCAAGAGCAAAGCUUACGAAGACCACUCGUGGAAAUACUACGUCAAUGUGUGCCAGGCCUUUGCCGACAAGAUCGUCAAGAACUGGAAACGAGGCGACGUCGUCUGGGUGCACGAUUACCAUCUGCUCCUCGUCCCGGGCAUGGUGCGCCAGAAACUUCCCGAGGCCAAGAUUGGUUUCUUCCUGCACGUCGCCUUCCCAUCAUCCGAGGUCUUUCGAUGCCUUGCCGUGCGCAAGGAGCUCCUAGAGGGCAUGCUGGGCGCCAAUCUUGUCGGCUUUCAGAUCCCCGAAUACACACGGCACUUUCUGCAGACGUGCAGCCGCAUUCUCAACGUGGAGGCCACAACAGAAGGCAUCGAGUUGGAGGAUCGGUUCGUUGAUGUGACAGACAUGGCCAUUGGCAUCGAUCCCGUGAGCCUGGGCAAGCACCGCGACGAGGAGAAUGUCAUCAAGUGGCUCAAGAUCAUGCAGGAGCGUUACAAGGGAAAGAGGCUCAUUGUGGCACGAGACAAGCUGGACCACGUUAGAGGCGUGCGCCAGAAGCUCCUGUCAUACGAGCUGUUUCUCAACAAGCAUCCCGAGUGGAGGGGGCAUACCGUCCUGAUCCAAGUGGCUCUCUCGACGAGCGAAAAGAGUGACCUGGACGCUACCGUCUCGGACAUUGUGACACGCGUCAACUCGUCGUGGGCAAACCUGGCAUAUCAGCCCGUGGUCUACCUCAAGCAAGACAUUGACUACGCGCAGUACCUGGCUCUGCUGACGAUUGCCGACGCGCUCAUGAUCACCAGUCAGCGUGAGGGUAUGAAUCUGACAUCGCAUGAGUAUCUGUUCUGCCAGGAUGGCAGCCUGUUGCCGGAAAAGAAGCACGGCUCCUUGAUCCUCUCUGAGUUUGCUGGCACUGCUUCGCUCUUCAACAAGAAUGAGCUGUCGGUGAAUCCUUGGGACUACCGUCAAUGCGCCGAGGCGAUCCGCCAAGCCCUUGAGAUGUCACCCGAGGAGAAGAAACGCCGAUGGGAGCUUCUGCACGGGGCUGUCGCGCAACAUACCGGGUCUCACUGGUUCACCGAGUUCCUAACGCACCUUGAGACGUCGUACAGCGGACAGCACAAGCGCGACCAGACAUCCGUGCCGCGCCUGUCGAUUCCAAACGUGGUCGGGAAAUAUCAACAGUCGAAGCGCCGUCUGUUUGUGCUUGACUACGAGGGUACACUAGUCAGCUGGGGCCCCCUGACCCAGAUCAUUCCUGUGAGCCCUCAACGGACUCUGGACAUUCUCAACGAUCUCCUGCUCGACGAGCGCAACACGGUCUACGUCAUGUCAGGGCGCCGCCCCAAGGAACUGGAGCGAGUCUUCCGACGCGUGCCCAACCUGGGCCUCAUUGCGGAGAAUGGAUGCUUUGUCAAAGCAGCCCAGAGCGAUGAGUGGACAGAGAUGGCCGACAGAACGCAGAUUGAGACGUGGAAGGAGGCCGUGAGGCCAAUCUUCACCUACUUUCUCGAGAGAACACCCGGAGCCGAGAUUGAAGAGCGACACUGCAGCUUCCAGUUCCAUUACCACGGGGCCGAGGACAUUGAGGCGGCGGCGCGGCAAGCUUCUGAAUGCGCCAGUCAUGUGAAUGACGCGUGUGAGUCGCAGCGCGUGCACGCCAUCCCGCUCGAGCGAUCGAUUGUCGUGGAGCCGAUUGACUGGACCAAGAAGACAGCAGCGAAGAAGGUGUUUGAAGAUAUGAGCGCUUCUGGCGAGGGACCGAUUGAUUUCCUGAUGGUCGUUGGUGAUGGGCGUGAGGACGAAAAGGUAUUCAAAUGGGCGAACUACCUGGGCGAGAAGACGGUCCAGCAUGCCGUGACUGUCAACCUGGGCAGCCGCAGCACGGAGGCGACAGCUACGGUUACGCAAGGUGUGAGCGGGGUUUUGACAUGUUUACAAAAGUUGGCUGCUGCUUCGGGAGGCGCCUGA